GCCAAACCUUUCAUCUUCGAAUGUCGUCCAUUUUGCGAGAACUGUCCCAUCCGCAGCAACCCCCGCAAACGCCUCAGCAUGCUCACAGCGAGAAGAAGAUCUCUCCAGCUGCACUCGAGCGCUGCCAAAAGGAGCAGGUUGAGCACUUGCUCCUCAACCGACUGAUUCAGCAGCUGGACGUGCCCGAACUGAACGCGCUCGCCUCGACCGCCACACCCGCCACCCCAGUCAAGAGCACGCCGAGCAAAUCUGCCGCGUCGGGUGCAUUCGCGCCCAUGACUCCGAGCACCAUGUCCAGGAUUACAGCGUCUGCCAGUCGACUCUUUGGCAUCGAGAAGAUCACACGCAGAUUCUUUGGAUCGCCGCUGGCUUCGGUCGCUGCUCAGGGUAUGCCGCUGGUGCUCGAGUCCAUGAUGGAGUUUCUCUCUGAGCAUCUCGACGAGGAAGGAAUCUUCCGCCGCAGCGGCGUCGCGAGCCGCAUCAAGGUGCUCAUGAAGGUCAUGGAGGAGUGCUACAAUGACAACCUGCCGCUCGAGCUCCAUUCCGCCGCCUGGCUCAAGUCGUAUGGUCUUGAUGUGCUGAAUGUGCACGACGUUACUGGUGCAUUCAAAGCCUUCUUCCAGCAGCUGCCAGAGCCCGUUCUGACCUUUAGGCUCUUUGUUUACAUUGAGCAGAUCGCCAAGCAAUUCGAGUCGCUGUCCAUCCAGCGUCGCACGUAUGCACUGCAGAUUGUGUGCGCUCUGUUGCACCCCUCCCACGCGACGGUACUGCAUUCGCUUCUGUCCUUCUUGAAGAAGGUUGCUUCCCACUCGGACUCGAACAAGAUGCAAAUCAGCAAUCUUGCGAAAAUGUUUGAGCCGAAUCUCCUGCGCUCGUCGGACGACGACUUUAUUCAGCCCGGCAGCAGCAUCAACAUUACCAAUCGCGUCGAUGCCAUUGAGCGAUCGGAGCGGCGUGCUCGACUUGUCGAAUUUCUCAUUGAACAGCACGAGGUCUUGUUCGAGACACCGGACGAGCUCAAGAACGAAAUUGACCAGGUCAAACAAAACGUGGAGCAGCACAACGGCGACUACGUCCCUGCGCCCACGGCUGUGUUUGCUGUCAUGUCAGAUUCCCAAACCGCCGUCAAGACAAGGAUUGAAAGCACCAAUCAAGAGAUGGACAAGCUCUUGGAUUUGAUCCUCAACAAUCCCAACUUGUCCGAGAAGGAAAAGAAGAAGAUGUUCAAGCGACACGAGAAGGCCAGGAAGCAGCAGCAGCUGCAAGACCAGGAGAACUGAACGAAGCGCGUUGUUUUCUUCUGAAGUCGAAGAAGACACGACCCCUUUGUGCCACGCUUCCGAGAGGCGUGUUGAAAUUUUUAUAUACUAUCCCGAUCAUUAAAUUUCGACCCCCCC